GUUAACGGUGCCUUAUACUGCCAUACACUGCUUGGAAAGUUUAAUAUAUCGGGCUAUUACAAUAUAGUAUAGUAUGUUCAAUACAGCGAUAUAAAAUACUUCAUUAAAAUAUCUAACCUUGACAGAAAUGCACACACGUCAAGAGUCAGCCCCAUUCUAGAUAGAAUACUUUUACUUUCUUCAACGUUUGAUGAAAUUUAAAGAUUUGUCAAAAAUGUUUUCAAUCAACCACUCCUCCAUCUACACUUUGCUUGUAUAUCACUUACCUAGGAAGUAGGAUCAACCCUGGUGGGUCAGUUGCCGAUGAGAUUUCGGCACGGAUACAAAAUGCUCGAUUGGCUUUUGCCAAUUUGCGCCACCUAUGGCGCCGCCGUGAUAUUCGUUUGUCUAUUAAGGGUCGCAUGUACUGCACAGCAGUCCGCUCUGUUCUACUGUAUGGCUGUGAAACAUGGUCAUUGAAAGUGGAGGAUACAAAAAGGCUUCAGGUGUUUGAUCACCGUUGCCUUCGUAGUAUAGGACGUAUUCCGUGGUGUCACCACAUGAGUAAUGCAGAAGUUAGGUGUAGAGUUUUGGGGAGAAGAGGUAAGUCAGUCGACGAUGUUGUGAACCUUCAUCGACUGAGAUGGUUGGAACACGUACUACGUAUGCCUAGUCACCGAUUGCCUCGUCACACAAUGUUGGCUGAGGUGGGUCCAGGCUGGAAAAAGGCCCGAGGUGGCCAGACUAAAACAUGGCACCAAUGUAUGAAGUCUCUGACUGUUGGUUUAAGCCAUGUAGGACGAUGCAGACUAGGUGGUUGGGGUCCACGGGACAAGAGGAACCAGUGGUUGGAGACCCUAGGUGAUAUGUCUCAGAACCGAAGUCAGUGGCGCAGAUGUAUACACACAUUAUCCUCAUCUUAACAACGCUAUACCGAAUCUCACCAUUUUGUCACUCCUCUUUCCUUUCCUCUCGUACUUUAUAUUUCUUUUGACUGCAU